AUGAAGUGGAUACUGUUCUUUGGGGACCUUAUUGGGUCCAGCAUCUGUGGCCAAGAAAAGUUUUUUGGGGACCAAGUUUUCAGGAUUAAUGUCAGAAAUGGAGAUGAGAUCAGCAAACUAAGUCAGCUAGUGAAUUCAGACAACUUUAAGCUCAACUUCUGGAAAUCUCCCUCUACCUUUGGUCGUCCUGUGGAUGUCCUGUUCCCUUCUGUCAGUCUGCAGCCAGUCAAAUCCUUCCUGAAGUCCCAGGGCUUAGAGUACUUGGUGACUGUUGAAGACCUGCAAGCCCUUUUAGAUAAUGAUGAUGAGGAAAUGCAAUACAAUGAAGGUCAAGAACGGAGCAGUAAUAACUUCAAAUAUGGAGCCUAUCAUUCCCUGGAAGCUAUUUACCAUGAGAUAGACAGCAUUGCCAGAGAUUUUCCUGACUUGGCGAGCAGGGUGAAGAUUGGGCAUUUAUUUGAAAACCGGUCAAUGUAUGUACUGAAGUUCAGCACUGGAGAAGGCAGGCGGCAGCUGACCAUUUGGCUGAAUUCAGGUAUCCAUUCCCGGGAGUGGAUCUCACAGGCCACAGUGAUCUGGACCAUAAAGAAGACUGUAUCUGACUAUGGGAAGGAUCCAGCCAUCACCUCCAUCUUGGAGAAAUUGGAUAUUUUCUUGUUGACUGUGGCCAAUCCUGAUGGAUAUGUAUACACACAAACUCAGAACCGGUUAUGGAGGAAGACACGGUCUCUAAAUCCUGGAAGCUCCUGCGUUGGUACCGCUCCAAAUAGAAAUUGGAAUGUUAGUUUUGCAGGAGAGGGAGCCAGUGACAACCCUUGCUCCGAAGUAUACCAUGGAGCCCACGCCAGUUCAGAAGUGGAGGUGAAACUGGUGGUAGAUUUCAUUCAAGAACGUGGGAAUUUCAAAUGCUUCAUCGACCUGCACAGCUACUCACAGCUGCUGACGUAUCCAUGUGGGUACAUGGUCAAAAAGGCCCCGGAUGCUGAUGAGCUGGAUGAGGUGGCAAGGUGUGUAGCCAAAGCUCUGGCUUUCCUGUCAGGCACUGAGUACCAAGUGUGUCCUACCUGCACCACUGUCUAUCCAGCUAGUGGCAGCAGUGUUGACUGGGCAUAUGAUAAUGGCAUCAAGUAUGCAUUCACUUUUGAGUUGAGAGAUAUUGGGCACUAUGGCUUCUUCCUGCCAGCCAACCAGAUCAUCCCCACUACAGAGGAGACCUGGCUGGGGCUGAAGACCAUCAUGGAGCAUGUGCGGGACAACCUCUCCUAG